AUGGCGGUCGCGAAAUCUCCAGCGGUUUAUUCCAGCGCCAGGGCACGAACUCUGCCCGUGCGCCCCGGCGGGCUCCGAGCUCGCCGAGCCGAGCCCGCGGCCAGCAGGAGCAAGGGGCCGACGCCGCUCAUGGAGCCAUCCGGCCUGGCGAAGUUCCGGGGCGAAGUUUGGGGACGCGGGCGGCAGCCUCCGCCGGAGCGAGCCGGCCAAGCUCCGCUCCCCGCACGGUCCUCGGUCCUCCUGCGCCUCCCCCGGCCGCGGUGCGGGCAGGCAGCGCCGGGCUCCGCAGGGGCUUGGGGGGUGGAGGGCGCUGGGCCCCCGCCGCAGCCCCCUGCCCCGCAAUGCGCGCGCUGCUCGCUGCGCUCCAACUUUUCCGGCAAUGCAAAAUCCACAGCUCGUCCCCCGCAGAGCCCCGGUCGGGUCCGCCGCCAGCCGGGGCGCGAGAGCCGGAGCCGGAGCCGCCGCGGUGGCAGUGCAAAGCAGGCGGCAGCUGGUCUCCACAGCGAGGACGAGCCGCUCUCCGGAGCCUGCGAGGCGAGUCAGCAGCAGAGCAACCCCUCACCGCGCAUCUCCCGAUCCCCCCUCCCUGCCAGGUUUCCCCGAUCACGUGGUUUCCCCGGAGCCGCCGCCGCCGCCUCCCCCGGACUCCGGGGCCCCGCGCCACGAUCCCAGCCACGGCCCGCGCUGGGCUCCGUUACAAAGCCCAGGGCGCGAGGCGCGCCCCCCGGGUCCGCUGCCCGUGCCGAGGAUGCACCGUGUGCAGGUCCCCGGGCGCUGCAGGACAUUUAA